CAUUGAUGGUACAACAUUGGCGUAAAUUAAAUGAAGGAGGAAUUCUGGAAGAACCGUUAGCACGGCAUUUGUGGAAAAAUGAACUUAAAAGCAGUGAAGAUGAUGACGUUGUUUUUAAAGACUUCAUUGAACUUAUGAAGGAAUUUGGACUUCUCUUUGAAAAGUUCAAGAAAGCAGAAUCAGAAGAUGGCGCUCGACUAUUUGUUGUUCCAUCUCGAAUGAAGACCAAAAAUGAUGAUAGAUUGGAAGUAAAGGAAGAUGAUAAGCAGACAGUAUCCAUCUAUGUGACGCCUAAAGACUUUCUCCCCGACGCCGUCUACGAUAUCUUGGUCGUCAGAUUUGUCAGCCUGAGUCAGGAUAGAGGUUUCUGUGACGACCCUGAACUGUUUCAGAAUAAGGCUGAGAUUAUAUUCGAUCAUAAGCAUUGUGUGAAGCUAGGUCGGAUUUUCAUUGAUAACAAACAGUCUUUGAAGCUUGAAAUAUCACGGAUGAAAGAGAGAGAUGCACAGUGUGUAGACAAGCCAACGUGCAAGCCAGAUCCCAUCGUAUGUACAGAGGUGCUGAAUGUUCUAAAGCAACAUCUAGAUGAGGUAUAUCCGUCUAAAAAAGUUGUUGGCUAUUCUCUCAACAUACUUUGCUUGGUCUGUAUGAACCCUGAGAAACCACACUUUCAAGAACUUGAGUACUGCUUAAAGAAUGAAUAUAUACAUUGUUAUAAAACAGGAGAACGUUUAGUAAUGCCAACUGUUGAAGUACAGAAACUAUUUGUAGCAGAUUUGCCCGUCGAUAACGUAAGAAAAAGUUCAGAAGCAUUGUCUGACUUUAGUGUGCUUAAGGCCGUUGUUUCAAGCUGGUAUGACGGCAACCGAAGUCUUCCUAUGCUUAAAGUGUUGUUCAGAGACAAGGUGGAAUAUGGAAAGCUAUCAACAGCAACUGACACGAUGGAAUUGUUGAACAAUUUGUUUAUACACGAUUAUCUGAGUUCACAGAAUCUUGGACUUCUGUGUGAUACUAUUAGCGCAACUAAACAUUUUGCGCUUCAGUGGAAGGUUAAAGAAAUAAUACCAUCAUUCCCAGAUGUUAAAGAAGGAAACAUUUCAGUAACAUUCACACCCCAUAGACAAAGGCUAAUGAAAUUUGGGAUGGUACUGACCCCAGCCGAUGUUACGCAGAUCGAUGGGUUGUAUAAUACACCUCGUAAGGACUAUACAGACGGCUGGGAAAUGAUCACUGAUCUUGAAGACAGACUGAUAAUCAGCGAAGGAAGAAUGAAGGAGUUCAUUUAUUCUCUGAAAAUCCAUAAUCUCAGUCUGGCAAUAAACGCAUUAACAACAUGAAGGAACAAUGGAUUGUCAGGUUAUGUUGACACGACAAUUUUUGUACAAAGUUCAGGUGGAAGAUGACCGUGAUUUGCUAGGAUCACGACUACGAUGUGCAAGUUGUCUCAGCUGCUCUGAAGGUCCUGGUAGAUAUGUCAUAAUGUGACUAUAAUGCUAGUGGUAAUGUAGUAGAGAAAGUCAGCGAUCUACUUUGUAAGGCAUUCUACAAAACCAACGUAACAUCAUUCUCAUCUACAACAAUUGAUCGAACUCGGCAGAGUACUAUUGCCAUAAGAGAUAAAUAUGCUCGGUGGCGAUACAAAGCCCAGUGCUCAGAUACUGAAUCUGGAAAGGAUGAGAGAAAUUAAAGAAAAUCGAAUAUGGGUCCAUUUAUUGAGGUCCAGGGAAAUGUCUCGCCCCCACCCCUCCCCCUCCCGUUUUACCACCAACUGUUAAUGAUUUCAAUGCAAAUCAAUGUUAAUUGCUACUCAUUUACCUAUUCUAAUACUGUUGUAUUCCCCCCCCC